AUGAAAAACCGUGACAAACUUUUGCUUAUUUUUAUAAAUAGUGUCAUUUUGAUAGAUUUUGCAACAGCGAUUGCUUUGAGAAAUCAUUUGAAUGAUGGGCUCUUGGAAUGGACCAAUGUUGAUGAUGUUCUUGGUUUAGGAUCAGUUUUAACUGAUUCGGACCUGGUAUCAACAUCAACAUUCCUCCUAAGGCUAUUGGAAAUUUUCCAGACAAGACCUCUUCCUAUGAUCUACGUGGAAGAUAUCAAGUUGGAUGAACCAGAUAUCCGAAAAAGGCAGCAUAUUGAUAAUAAAUCGCCUCCAACUCGAAGAUACAUUUGCACACCAACUCGUGAAGACAUCUUCAAAUUGCUGGUGGCUUUGCAAGAAAUGCGAAGAGAAGGUCCUCAAAAAUCUAUUAAUUUUUGCAAUUUAGAACGAUCUACAGGGGCAAUUUUCACAAAUAUACGUUUACUGAGAACUCGAGAAAUCACCACUCCAACUCCUCCACGAUAA